AUGAAACAGAAGCUUGAAAACGAAUUAAGAACAGUCAGAGAUCGUCUUGAACAGGCUCAAAGGGAAGCAAAACAAUUCCAAGAUGAAGCCAACCGAGAACGCGAAAAUUUAAAGCCGUUGACUGAUCAAAUAGAAAAGCUGAAGCAAGAGAUUACAGCUCGAGAAAAAGAUUACGAGACAGACUCUAAAGAAUACUGUUCAAACACUCAGCUUUCGGAAGACACAUUUCAUUCAGUUGAUAAACAGCAAAAUACUGUUGAAAACUUACAACAUCGUUUGAAUGAAUGUCAAGAUGAAGAAAAACGAAUUGAUGAAGCUCUCAAUACAAAAGAGCAGGAACUUCAGUGUGCUCAAAAACAGGCGAGCAAUAUAAAAACAGCAUUAGAAAAGAAUCAACAAGACGCUCUAAUCGCUGCAACUAUAGCAAAUCCAUUGCUUGCAGCCAGUGCUAUAGCUGCAGCGAAAGCACUUAUCGCAACGCUCCGAGGAGAGCUACAAACCACAAAAAAUGAACUUCAACGGAAGACAGCAUUUCAUCAAAAGAAAGUUGCGGACCAUGGAAAAGCACGUGAAAAAAUGAAUGCAGCAAAAGAGAAGCUUGAACAGGAAAAGACCAAUCUUACAGAUCGCAACCAGGCACUUAAUCAACAAAAAGAACGGAAAAUCAAUCAAAAAUUAAAAAGUGAAGUGGAUAAUAAACAGACACUAGUCGAACGAGAUACAACUCGGCUCAAGAUCGCAGAUGCUCGUGUCACCAAUACACAGGCGGAUUAUAAUAAGCUCAAAACUCAAAAGACUACAGCAAUAGGAAAGUCCGGAAAGCUAUCGACUGAGCUUGAAACCGCCAAAAAGAAAUAUCAGGAUGAAAAACAAAAGUUAGCACCAAAACGUCAACAAAUCGAGGCUAAAAGACAGGCUCAAAACGGGAUCCAAACUCAAAUCAAUACAACACAACAACAAAUCAAAGGACUUGAAGAAAAAGCAGCUGCUAAACGUAAUGAAGAGUCAACAAUACGAGGUAAAAUUGCUAAUAUCGAGACAACUCUUGGAAUGCUCAAUAAGAGUGAGGCGGAACUGGAGAGAGACAUGCACGCUCAACAAAAACUACUGAAAGAGAAUCAAUAA